AUGUUUUCAUUAAUUUGCAAAAAUGAAUGACAGAAAAUUCUGACCUGGUGAUCGUAUGAUUUUAAGAAAGCAAGAAACAGUUGUAGCGGUUUGUAUCACGCCUUAUAAACAAUUGUAAGGUGUGCUGAUUAACUGAACAAGAAUUUUUACUUUAAAGCUUUACUUAAUGUCUUCGCGUUUCUUUUUUUUUUUUUUUUUUUUUAAUCUUUUUACCUAUACUUUUAAAUAUUGAAACAUUAUGCGAGACAAAGAGGCUUCCCCCCCAAAUCCUUUUAUCCGAAGCUAUCGGGUGAAAAAAAUGUCAUAUAGGAUGACUAACCAAAAAAUCUCCAUCAUUUGCCUUCAGAAAAAGUAAACAAACAAAAUGAAAUAGGGAAUUUUUUUCUGACUAGUUUUGAUAACCUCAAAAUGUUGUGGAACAGUGACUUUUUCCGUGACGUCAAGAUUCUUAGAAGUUGAAAAAUGCCUGUUGACGUCUUAAAUUGAUCUGACAAUGCCCUGAUAUGUGUUCUUUUUUCACCACAAGUCAGAUGUCUAGUUGUAUACAAAUAUAGAUAAAUAUUUUCUUACUUAAAAGCUCACUGAGACAACCGAUGGAGUAUUGUUGAUGAAACACAUGCAGAAUGAGCAGUAAGUACAUGUCGUAUUCCGUGCUGUUGCUGGGAUGUUUCACGUGUGUAAACGUCGCCGUUUCCGGUACCCACCAGACGUAUCACAACAUUCUGCGCAGGAUUAAUCCUUUCCAGAGGAUGUGUUUGUGUAACCGGUGGACACAGCGGGUACACUUAGACCGACUAAUUUUGGAGAUGUACCCUGGACUCUUCAAUACUCAAAAGAGCCUCAAAUUCAUGCCGGUUGUCAAACCCGUGGGGGAGAAAUCUCACAACCACGGGACUGGGAGCUACGUGGGGAACACGGUGACCAGCCUUAAUGGUAAUGGGGACUCCAACUCAUGUUGUAGCACAAACUAUGCAUAUGAACGACUCAAUAUGACCAAGGAAAACAACAGGUACCUCCGAGUGGUUCACUUCGACCAUCAGUAUCAAUUUGUCCCAAUUGGGCGAUGCGAGUUGGCUUCUCCCGGUCACUGCGGCAGGGGCUCGUGUAUACAGAUGUACAGACACUACUGGAUGCUGGUGUGGGACGACGAAUUGUCCCAUUUCCCGCCAGUCAAAUUCACCCCUGUUGAAAUCCCCUCUCAUUGCGAGUGUGUAAAUGUUGGAAAGUCGUGAACAUGUGCUGUAUUGUGAUUGGAUGAAGAUUUGAAGACACAACUUUAAACUUUUGCUUGUAGGACAACCAUUGAACACUUUGUUUCGUUCAUGGAAGUCUGUGACCCAAUGAGGUGAUGAGGUCACUAUGAAGUCACCAUAUUGUGAGUGAUACGCCAGUGCAACAUCAAAAACAUUAAAUAUCAGACACGGCAAGGUUUAAGUUGUACUUUAUUUCUGCGGUAACAAGAGUCUUCUGUUCAUAUUUUGACCUUUACGUUUCUGUCAUGGUGAACUUCCUGACGCUUGUCAUAUUAUUUUUGAACAUUUCCGUCGGGUCGUGGCCAUGAAAUGUGUUCCUAAAAGAAGAAGAUUCUAAACUCUUUUAGCUGUCAGCGGGACCGGGAAUGACGUGUCGUGAUUUCACGUCCGCAUUAACCGUGUGGAGGAAUGGUCUUGAAUUAUUUAGUUUUGUGUGACAUUAAAUUAUAUUUUUGGGCGUUUCGAUUGUUGCGGCUCUCGUUCCCGUUUUGUCGAUUCAUGCUUCGUCAAUAAAUCUGAUUAUGUUGUCAAUUAAUUGUGUUUAAUUCGUGUCUUGCAAAUAAUUAAGUAUUCAAUUCUUUUUAAGUUGCGAAAUUACUCACUAAGAUAUCGACACCGUCUCUUCUAGAAUUUUGUCAAGAAUUACAGAAAAAACGUAUCAUGUGCUGCCUGCGUUAGAUCCGGGUAAAUUUAACUAUACAUGUAUAUUGAAUAUACAUAGAAUUUAUUUAUUCCAUGUCUUAUUUGUAUAAUGUCUUGUAAUGUGCUUAAGCACAAAAAAUAUCAUGGUUUUGUUGUAAUUAUUAUAUGUGCCUGUAUGUAUUGCUAUUUACUGUUGAGAUAAUUAAAAUCAUUCAUUGCUAAAAGCAUGCUAAUAAAGUUUGGAAAAGCUAA